AUGGAUGAUGAUCAGUUUACCACCAUUCAGCCGCGCCAGCUUAGCUCCGCCAGCUCAGCUCAUCCACUGUCACUCAACAAGUCCGUAGUGUUCUCUUUCCUACAACCAAGUCAAGCUAAUAGCUUCUAUCCACCACUUUCAAAGUCAAAACCAGGCGCUGAACAUAAUUCCUCGGGCUGUCAACCAUGAGACUAUACUUCAGAAAAAAAUGGGAGAAGAUAAAACAUCGAGACAACCGGCCUCAAAACACAGACAGCAAAGACUCAUUUAACUCAGAUCAAUACAAAAGAAGCUCUUCUGCUCAUGCUGAAUCAUCAGCUCUUGCAAGUUAUUCAGAAAAACCACACGAGCCAAAUGAGCAGAAGAGAGAUACUGGACCAAAAGACUUGUGGCAGAUUGCCUACAAGAAGCUAAGUAAUGAGGACCAAGAAAUUUUAUCGGCCGACCGACCCUCUUUGCAAUCAACUCCAACAACUGAGCACGGGAAGGAUACAGAAAUACUGGGAAAAUUGGACGAAGUUAUCCGAUUGACAGAGCAGCAAUAUGAGGACUACCAAAAUAGAGGCUUGAAGAUCACACGGGGAUCUGGCAAAGAAGACAUCAACAUCCGAGAUGCUGCGCACAGAAUACUGGAUGCUACAUUAUCAUCCAAGGACAUCAUCAGCGCCAUUGCAGUUUUUGAUCCUACCAACCAUGCAUCAAGUGCUUGGGCAAUUGUGUCACUUGGAUUGACAAUGACGAAGAACCAUAUUGAUAUUCGAAACGCCCUGUUCAGAUCCUCUGAGUUCUUAGCGGAUGUCCUUGCUCGGUGCGCCUUCAUUGAGAAAACCCAUUACCGCAACAAUCAAUCUGAAACCAAAGACAAGAUUGAAAAAGCACUUGUUCAGGUUUAUACUAGUACAUUGUCUUAUUCAGCGCGAGUACAAAAACAGCACAAAGUGAACUUAGGAAAGAGGAUGAUAGAGAGUGUUCCUGCAGCGUCUAAUCACCCAAUCAUACAAAUUGAGUCUUCCAUCAAAAAUGAUGAGCAAGCCCUACACCAUUGGGUCCAGCAGAAUGAGCAUCUUCAGCAUCGAAAGAGUGCAGAAGUCAUGCUAGACCGAAUCGAUGAGGCGAUUAUGUUAGUCCAACAAGUUGACCAGAAACUCGAUCGCUCCAACCUACGGAUUGCUGAAGGCGCUUCAUUCGACUCAAUCAUGAACCAACAUGAAGAUAGGUGCCUUGAUGGAACCAGAGCAGAACUUAUUCAGCAGAUAAAGGAAUGGGAAAGCUCUGACCAAGGACAAGAUAUCUUCUGGUUGAAUGGAAUGGCAGGGACCGGAAAAUCAACUAUCUCGCGAACAGUGGCAACUUUGUUCAAAGAAGAAGGAAAACUAGGAGCAAGCUUCUUUUUUAAAAGAGGUGGAGGUGACCGUGGAAAUGCAAACAGAUUCUUUUCAACAAUCACCAGACAGCUUAUCACGGCCACCCCUCAACUUGAACCUUGCGUCUUAAAGGCUAUUAAUGAUGACCCUGAUAUUUCCAUCAAGUCGCUCAGGGAACAGUUCAAUAAACUUCUCCUCCAACCAAUCCACACUUUGUGUCAGAACCAGUCUGCUAUAAAGAUGGUGUUGGUGAUCGACGCAUUAGAUGAGUGUGACAGACAGGAUGAUAUACGAGUCAUCCUGGAACUCCUGCCACAAUUACAGAAGCCAACUUCAAUACACCUACGGAUCUUUCUGACCAGCAGGCCAGAAUCACCAAUCCAUCUUGGCUUUCAGAAGAUUGGCAACGAGGGACACCAGAAUUUAAUACUCCAUGAGAUUGCUGAAAAAUUUAUCAGUCGCGAUAUCACCUUAUUUCUUAAAGACAGGCUCUCAUAUAUACGACAAAUACACUCGCUCCCAGAAAGCUGGCCUGGAAAUGAUAGCAUUCAGGUCCUAGUAGAGAGGACAAAACCAUUAUUCAUCUCUGCUGCAACAAUAUGUCGAUUUGUUGGUGAUGAGAAAUGGAACCCAGAGACGCGUCUCACUGCCAUUCUCAAUAACCAAAUCAACUAUGUAACCAAGAUGGAUAACACAUACCUACCAAUCCUAAUGCAACUUCUUACCGGUCAAGAUGAAUGGGAGUCAAAGCAAUUAGCCCAAGAGUUCAAGGAUAUUAUUGGUGUGAUUAUCCUGCUGGCUACUCCACUCUCAGUUAAUGCGCUUGCUCGACUUCUUGAUGCUGGGGCACGUGAUGUCAGUUCUCGAUUAAAUUCCUUUCGCUCAGUGCUCAAUAUACCGGAGGAUCAUGAUAUACCAGUGAGGGUCUUACAUCUUUCAUUUCGGGACUUCCUUCUGGACCCAAAGAUUAAAGACAAGCGAUUCUGGAUAGAGGAGAAAAAAAUCCACCAAAAGGUUAUAGCGCAAUGCCUAAGAGUCAUGUGCGAAGGUUUAAGAAAAAAUCCAUGCAAAUUGGAACUUGGUACACAACGGACCGAGAUUGACCGAUGUUUGAUCAACAAGUCCAUACCACCAGAACUGCAAUACUCAUGUCGUUACUGGGUACAGCAUCUAGAGAAAUGCGAAGACCCCAUGAAAAGGAUGCAUGAUGUUUAUUUAUUUCUCAAAAAGCACUUCCUUUACUGGAUGGAAGCAAUGAGCAUCCUCGGGUUGGCAUCUGAAUUAGUGGGAAUGGUUGACACGACGCGGCAACUCAUACCAGAUAAUGAAUAUUCUGAAUUGUGUGCAUUUCUCCAGGACGCAAGACCGUUUAUCCUCAAAACUAGACAUAUCGCUGACACCGUGCCUCUUCAAUUGUAUUCUUCAGGGCUUAUCUUUGCUCCUAUUGAAUCAAUUAUACGAGAAACUUUCAAGAGAAACAUCCCCGGUUGGUUAUACAGAUUGCCAGAAGUCGAACAAUAUUGGAGUGCGGAGUUGGAGACCCUCGAGGGCCAUUCUCACGGGGUCAACUCGGUGGCGUUCUCGAUGGACGGGCGACUGCUGGCGUCGGCGUCCUUUGACAAGACAGUCAAGCUCUGGGACCCGGCCAGCGGCGCGCUGCGCCACACCCUCGAGGGCCAUUCUCACAGGGUCAACUCGGUGGCGUUCUCGAUGGACGGGCGACUGCUGGCGUCGGCGUCCUUUGACAAGACAGUCAAGCUCUGGGACCCGGCCAGCGGCGCGCUGCGCCACACCCUCGAGGGCCAUUCUCACAGGGUCAACUCGGUGGCGUUCUCGAUGGACGGGCGACUGCUGGCGUCGGCGUCCUUUGACGAGACAGUCAAGCUCUGGGACCCGGCCAGCGGCGUGCUGCACCACACUCUCGAGAGCCAUAAAAUUGUAUAUAGACUGAGCUUCACAGAAGACAGUUCAUGCCUGGAAACCAACUUGGGAAUAUUCAAUUUACCACCAUCAUUUGUCAAUGAUAAUCCUGUUCAUCCGACCAAAAUCGAGAUCCAUAUUAUGGAUGAUAAUUGGGUGACUAUACAGGGUAGGAAACUCCUCUGGCUACCUAAAACCUAUCGACCAGCCUGUGUGGUAGCCCGAAAUGGCAUGCUUGUCAUGGGGCAUGCAUCUGGACGUGUUACAUUUUUUGAGUUCUGUCUGAGCAUUGCCCAAGAUUCCUGCUUCCACUGUUCUUUAUAUUCUAAUCUCUUUCUAAAAGGAGGGCCCGGGAUGAACAAGGUAUAUAAAGCAUUUCAUCCUAUCAAACCACGUGUCUACCUCCUUCUAGUCGUCUAAAGAACGUGGCAAAAUCACAAGUGGCAUUGGUUGUUGGAUUUGCCGUUUACCAUACAUGACAUAUUACCCAUUCAAUCAUAAAUUUAUGCGUGUCAUAUACGGUUUAGCGUCCCCUGGCAUGUAGGGUUUGGAAUUUAUUCCGAAGUCUUUGACAUGGAAACUGAUUUCGAAAUCAUCUGUAUAGCAUGCUUGAGUCUAAUCUGAUUGAAGAUGUAACUUUCUAUCCACUAGAAGUCUUUUCAUCGCCCCUGCAUCCAGAUACAAAGCGAUAUCGAUGCCCCCAUCAUCCACCCCCGGAUCCAUCACCUGAAGACAACCAUCCAUCUUAGGCAUCACCGCGUGCACAUAUCGUGGCUUUUGCCCAGAACCCACAAAGUCCACCUGGUACACAUGGAGCCGCAACCAAGACGUUACCAAUGUAUGCUGCGUGCCCAAAAAUGCCUGCC